AUGAUGAAGCUGGUGGUUUGGGCAGCAGUGCUGCUCACUUAUGGAGUCUCUGCAGGAAAUGAAAUGAAAGCUACUGGUGCUGGAGCUGUGACUGGACCGAACAGUACCGUUCAUCUGGACAUGGCUCCGAAUGGCUCUGUUGACGACAUGUAUUACGACAUGGAUGACGAAAUGUACAAGGUGGACCCUGCUAGACUUGGAGCUGGAGCUGGAGCUGGAGCUGUGGUUGUAGUUCUGAUUGGAGCUGGAGCUGUGAUUGGAGCUGGAGCUGUGAUUGGAGCUGUGGUUGGAGCUGUGAUUGGAUACAUAAUUCGAAGAAGUAUUUCUCGAGCUGUAUUUUCAGUUCGACCUAGGGUUGGAGCCAUAUCUCGAAGCAGAGUUGAAUCUCUUGUAAUUGGAGCUGCAGCUGUAAUUGGAGCUGUAGUUGGAGCUGGAGUUGGAGCUAGAGCUGGAGCUGGAACUGUAGAUGGAGCUGGAGUUGGAGCUGGAGCUGGAGCUGGAGCUGUAUCUGGCAUUCUGGACAUGGCUCCAAACUCUGUUGACGACAUGUACAAAGGCUGCAACGAAGAAAUGUCCAAGGUAGCGCCACAGUACCUGCAGAAAGAGAAGGACAAUAACAGCAAAUUCAAGAAAGUCUGGGAUGAAAAGAUGGAGCUGCACAACAGGAGAUUGAGGCGAGCACUCCACCCACUGAACACAGAACAGCUAGUAGCUAUUAAGGCUUACACCGCUGACAGAGUAUAUCUGUAUAAAGACUUUAAUAAUGCAGUUAGAAGCCAGGGCCCUCAGUACAAGACCUCGUUCGGGUUUCAUGCACUUCACUUUUACCUGACCAGCGCCAUUCAAGCUCUGUCUCAUGAGUGUCUCACUGUCUACCGGAGAACCAACAUCUACUUUCACCAAGAUGUUGUCAACAAAGAGAUUCGCUUCGGCUCUUUCGCUUCAACCUCACUGGAUACCAGCCUCACAGGAUUUGGAGACAAGUCAUGUUUUGAGAUCUACACCUGCAUGGGAGCAGAGAUCUCUAGGUAUUCUUUGAUUCCAAGCGAAAAUGAAGUGCUGAUUCCUCCUUACGAGGUCUUUAAAGUCGUCGGGAUAAAGAAGAGAUCUCAGCAGCCGGAUCUUAAAUGUGAGGUCGUCUACACACUGAAUAGUACAAAGAAGUCUGUUUCCAAUCUGAACUGUGCUCUUUUUAAAAAAUAAGCACUCUCACGUUUUACACACAGUUAACAUGUAAGAUAACAUUUAGGGUGCAUCAUUUUAAGUUCAGAGAAUUAUGUUUAAUCAAUAUUAAUGUAAAUAUGUAAUUGUUGACAGUGAUAUUUGAACAAUUCAGCAAUGUCAAAUUGACUUGAAAGGUUCUAGAAUAGAAAGUGCUAAAAAUUUAACUUAAAAUUGUGUCAUUGUCAUAGUGGAUCUCUUUUAAAUGUUUGAAUGAAUAUAAACUAUUUGUUGAGUUGUAUACAAUAAAAGUAAUACAUUGUUUUAUUGUGAACUGUAUUUA